GCCGGCCUCCCAUUUAGUCUCUGUUACUCAGCACACGUGCGUUGUUCUCCGUCAGCCGUCAGCCGGCAGCACUUUACAACAUUUUCAAUUCAAUUUACUAAAACGCAAUUUUAAUCGAAAUAUGAAUCGUUGGCGAAAUCACGUCGCUGUGGUGACUGGUGCCAGUUCGGGCAUCGGUGCCGCCUGUGCCAAAUUGAUUUUGGCCGAAGGUAUACAGGUUGUUGGACUGGCACGUCGCAUCCAACGCUUGGAGCAGCUUAAGCUAUCCCUGCCCACUGCCCAGCAAAAACUAUUCCACUUCAAACAAUGUGACGUAUCACAAGAACAACAAGUAAAUGAGGCGUUUGAUUGGAUCGAGCAGACGUUGGGCGGCACGGACAUACUCGUCAACAAUGCAGGCAUCCUACGCGAUGGCAAUCUGGUAGACAUGUCAAUUAGUGAUAUUCGUGAUGUAGUAAAUACAAAUUUGAUGGGCUCCAUCUAUUGCCUACAAAAUGCUAUCAAAAGCAUGCGAAAACGCAACUACCCGGGGCAUUUGAUUUUUAUUAACAGCACAGCUGGUUUGGCGGGGUAUAAUCCGGGCAAGGAUGAUCCCAGCUUGAAUGUUUAUACACCAACGAAAUUCGCUUUGAAUGCAGUUAAUGAGAUUUGUCGACAAGAGCUGAUAACACUGAAAACAAAGGUCAAGACAACGAACAUCAGUCCGGGUUGGGUAUCUACUGAAAUUGUACCGGACGAGACCAAAGCACAGUUGGGCGAUGUCAUUUUACAUGCCGACGAUAUUGCCAAUGCAGUUAUUUAUGCGCUCUCCACACCACCACACGCGCAGGUGCAAGAGAUAACUUUGCGCGCCGUAGGCGAGUGGUUCUGAAUGAGUUAAGUGGUGUGGUGUGAUGUGGAAUGAGCAAUUGAUAUUGUUCGUAGUUGGGGGUGGGAGAUAAACAAAUUAAUAACAACCAACAAGCGCUUUAUGUGAAAUUAAUUGCAAACGCGGUGGGAGUGAGUGAGAGAGAAGGAGAAGAGCAGCGGUGAAACAAGAGAGCAGUUUGUGUUGGCCAAUCUUAUGCCAGUACAACUACAACAGCAGUAUAACACAACGGUGCCAAUAACUGAAUUAUGUUCGUCGCUCUAUCGACAAUAAAUGUCAGCUAAGCGAUUAAAAUAGCACGCAGCCAGUUAGAUGAGACUAAUUAAAAACAAAUAAAUGGGUGAAUCCGCAAAAUAGCAGAUUUUUAUAAACAUUGUGUUUGUGCGCAAUUUA